AUGAGGUUUGGGCACUUCUACGUGGUGUGCGAGAAGAAGGGCACGCUGUUUACGCAGACGGACUUCCCACCCUUCAAGUCGUACGGGGUUGAGGGCUGGUGGCUGGACAACCUCCUGAAGGCGGGCAAAUUGGACCGCGAGGUGUACCUGCGCUUUGGCAGCUCUAGUUACCGUCGGCUUCCAGAAGCGACUGGUCGACAAGUCGUGCCGCUGAGCGGCUGGAGCACGACUUGGCCGGGGGUGCAGAAGGCUAGUUUGUGA